AUGGUAACUUUAGAAACUAAUGCGUUUAGUGCUUGGUACACUUCGUCGGAAGAAACCGAAUGCGUGAUCGAUGCUCAGGACGUUUUUAAAGAAGCUCUAGCCGAAUUUUCUUCAGAGGUCUCGAAAGACAAAAAGAAGCAGCAGUGGAUUGUUGACUCCAGGUAUGGCAACCUCGAGAGCGUCCUCGCAUCUGUUGAAGAGGCUCGGACUUGCUACGAAGAACAAAAGGGCAAUUCAAAGCUUCGCAAGGCAUUAGUGCAGCUAUCGGAGAAAUUAUACAGCUACAGUAGUAUACUGGACGUGCUACUCCCGCAACAACCAGAAUACUCGACGUUAGCCUACGGUGCUAUGAAGUUUCUUCUUCUCGCGGUCAUGAACCAUCAUAAACUUCUUUCGCAGCUCUGCACCGGGCUCAAUGGCAUUGCACACAUUAUAUCGCGCACGCAACUUAUUAUAAGGCUCUACCCAACUCAGCAAAUCAGACAAGUAAUUGUUGCGAUAUACGUCCAUAUACUCAAAUUUCUCUUGCGGGCCCUCAAUUGGUACAGAGAGAGUAAAAUAACGCAUAUGUUACAAGCAAUCAAGAGGCCUACGGAGCUGCGAUAUGGUGAUCUUUUAGCAACUAUAUCGUCCCUAUCCGACACAAUGUCCAAGAUUGCUCUAGACAGCAGCCACGCUGAGCAGCGAGACAUGCAUGUAUGCGUUGCUCAAAUAAUGCAUGAGCAAAAGCUGACCCGUGAAAAUAUUACAAAUCUGAUGACAGCAGUUUCGGACAUUAAAAUUUCCAUGGUUACUGAGCAAGGCAUCAAUGCGUCGGCGAUAAUCGAGUUUCGGCAGAGGCUAUCUGAGGUCCAACUCAUGCAACUAUUAAGCCAGUUGUCCGUUGCUGGCCUUCCCGACCCUGUCAAGGCGUUUCAGUUGCUGCUAUUCAUGUCGAAGAGACGGCAGCCGAAAUCGUCGACCGGUGGUCAAGUACACGUGUCGACAAUCGACUUGCUGAAAUACAUUAUUUCACAGGCUGUCUCGGUUAACAAAAGCAUCCACACCGACGCGGCUUUAAUUCCUCGCCUCAUGGCUCACAUUGACGCCAAGUCGGAAGAGGACUGGAUUACUAUUCUUGCAUCAGUCCUCCAGGGUAUUCCACUUCUCUACAUCAUCAUUGACGUCGAAAUCUUAGGCCAAAACUUGGGGACAUUGACAGCAGAAUUCUGGCCAGCAGCAUUUUUAAGAAUGUUCUCCAAGCUCUCGGCACGCAACAUCGGAACAGUUGUCAAAGUGGCUUUGCGAGAGCUAGAAACCAGCGUUCCUCUCUUGCUGGGACAAGAAGAAGGAUUCGCCUGGAGGCCAUGUAUAGCAGACAAUAACUGGCUUACUACAGAGGACAUUCACCCACGACAGUUUCUAAGAGAGCUAGGAUACAUCCCCUAA